AUGGGGCACUGGAGGAGGGUGUGCCGUACUACGUACAACCAGGACGCAUACGGAAAGCCCGUCCACUGUGUGACACAAAACGUCGCAAGGACGGCUCCAAGUCCUUACCGGAAUGGCCCUGUGCGCCAAAAGGGGAUACGUCGACGAGUUAAGACCGUCCGCCCCGAAGUACAGGGAGACCCCGCCCUUGGACCCGGCAAGGGGGGCUACGACACUCGCGGUGGAGGCGAACGCUACGACACUCGCGGUGGAGACGAACCACGCGAGGUGCAGAAACGGCUCUUUGAGCAAAACACACUGCACAUGGACGGCGAGCACCGCGAGCGGCUGUGGGAGCUCCUGGAGGAAUUCAAGGACACGUGGGAAGACCCCGGGGUGGCGCAGGUCAAGUACGAAGCACGGUUCGAGGUCUCAGGACGCCCGCACAAGGCCGGGGUCCGCCACUACGAACCCGAAAUGUUGGAGGAGUUGAAGAAGCAAGUCGCGAAGCAACUGGAGCUAGGAGUCAUCCGACCCUCAAAGAGCGAGUGGGCUGCCCCUCCUCACUUUGUUAAGAAGAAAACCGGAGAAUGGAGGCGCGUUAUCGACUACCGCAGGCUCAACGCGGCCAUGGUAGCAGACUCCUACCCCCUUCCACGCAUCUGGGACCACCUACGACGGGCGGCCGGACAGAGAGACGACGGGCGGCGGGACAGAGAGACUACUGCACUCUAG